UCUGACUGAGCACAGUAAUUGCCUCUUGGUGUCUGACCACUAGCUAACUGAAGGUCCUCUGGAUGCGCACUAUUCAGUUGGAUUUUUGGCUUUAAACUUUUUGCUCCCUCUCAACAACUCGGGGAACUUCGCUGAAUGAAAUAAGCCGAAUUCGAAAGCCUCCUGACACUUCCAAGGCAACUGUGUAACUAUGGAGUGCAGGCAUGGGGCAGAAAUCGGGCAAAAAGCAAACAGUGUGUUGUCAUCAGAGAGGGGCCGCUGAGGAGUGGACAGGAAAAAAAAGGAGGAGUGAAGUUUGUGGAUGAAAGUAACUUUCUGUCUCUGGAGAGGGUUUUUUUUGUGUUGUGGAGCUUUUGGAUAACAGGAAAAGAUUAAGAGAAGACGCAUAAACAAGAAGAAACUUUCCCUGAUUUUGUUUUUCUCUUGGAUUUUCAAACUGCAGACAAAUUGUCAGCAAACUACAAAGUAUUCAUUUUUCAGGAUUGCUUCUUUUACCUCUCUAUUACUGCAGCUUUUGCCAAGGAGAAGCAAACUUUGUAAUGAGAGACGUUUUGUUUUUUCUUCGUCGGAGACGCCGUGCUUGUGUAAAUUAGUGUUUGGAUUAUGAGAGGGUUUUCUUGCAGCUGUGUCAGGAGCUUAGUGUGUUUGUUUAACUCCUGCGGACGAGAACUUCACUGCAUGUGAUGCGUGGUUGUGAAGCUGCAGGUUGCCUGUCUGUCCUCGACGCGGACAGGCACAGGGAGGGAGAGACAUGCGUUUCCAUGGCGACAAGUGGCUGUAGCCCCUUCCCCAUGUGUUGGGAGAGAGAAUAUGACAGACACCUAGCAGCGGCAGUGUCUGCAGGGAAAACCAUGGCGUCAGCCUACCUGGACCCCAACCUGAAUCACACCCUCCUCGAAGGGGCCAAGUCCCGACUGAGUGCGGGGGGAUCGGACCGAACCAUGGCCGGCUCCGUGGACAGGGUUCUGAAAGUCUGCCAUCACUUUGAGAGCAACACAGAAAAUAGCUGCUGGUCUUCCAAUAUAAGAUACGGUGAUGCAACCGAUGUCAGGGGGAUCAUCCAGAAGAUUUUAGACAUCAACAAAGUGCGCUGGACUUCAUGUUUUGGCCUGCGGCUCAGUAACGGUCAAUCCAAAGACCAAGUGCACUGGCUCCACCCAGAUUUGGGCGUAUCCCACGUCAGAGAGAAAUAUGAACAAGCACGGCCAAAUGAAGAGUGGAGGUAUGAGUUAAGAAUCCGAUAUCUACCAAAGGGCUUUGUGCAGCAGUUUACAGAAGACAAACCUACUCUCAACUACUUCUACCACCAGGUGAAGAACGACUACAUGACAGAAAACGGAGAUCAAGUGGAACAAGAUGUAGCUCUCAAACUGGGCUGUCUCGAAAUUAGGAGGUUUUUUAAAGAGAUGAGAGGAAAUGCCCUGGACAAGAAAUCUAACUAUGAACUACUGGAGAAAGACGUUGGUUUGAGGCGGUUUUUCCCAAAAGACCUGCUGGAUUCAGUUAAGGCUAAAACGCUUCGAAAAUUGAUUCAGCAGACAUUUAAGCAAGUAGCCAACCUUAAUGAUGAGCAGUGCAUCCUGAAGUUCUUGGAGAUACUUGCACCAAUUUACCGCUAUGACAAGGAGUUCUUCAAAUGUGCCCUUGGGUCCAGCUGGGUGAUCCAGGUAGAAUUAGCCAUCGGGCCAGAGGAAGGAAUCAGCUACCUCACUGACAAGGGGUCUACGCCCACCCAUCUAGCAAAUUUUAAUCAAGUCCAGUCCAUCCAGUACUCAGCUAUGGAGGAAAAGGACAGGAAAGGCAUGCUACAACUGAACGUAGCCGGAGCUGCUGAGCCUCUCACAGUUACGACAGCAUCUCUCACCACGGCGGAGAACUUGGCUGACUUGAUUGAUGGUUACUGUCGACUCGUAUCCAUGGAAACUCACUCCUUCAUUAUCAGAGUUCAGAAAGAGGGAGAGAGAGCGCUGCCUUCCAUCCCAAAACUUUCUAACAGUGAAAAAAAGUUAGAAGCAGUCCGGAGUGGAGUAAGAGCGAUCUCUGUCUCAGAAGAUCUUAGUGGGGAUGAAACCGAUGACUAUGCAGAGAUAGUUGAUGAAGAGGACACCUACACCAUGCCCUCAAUGAGCUAUGGAGUAGUUGAAGCGCGGGACUAUGAGAUCCAGAGGGACAGGAUAGAGUUGGGCCGCUGCAUUGGAGAGGGUCAGUUUGGAGAUGUACACCAAGGAGUCUACAACUGUCCAGACAAAGCAUCUCUAGCUGUCGCCAUUAAGACCUGUAAGAACUGUACCUCUGACAGCGUCAGAGAAAAGUUCCUGCAAGAAGCACUGACAAUGCGUCAGUUUGACCAUCCUCACAUUGUUAAGCUGAUCGGUGUGAUCACAGAGAACCCGGUGUGGAUCAUCAUGGAGCUCUGUACUCUUGGAGAGUUGCGCUCGUUCCUUCAGGUGAGGAAGUACAGUCUUGACCUGGCCACGCUCAUCCUGUAUGCCUACCAGCUCAGCACAGCUCUGGCCUACCUGGAGAGCAAACGCUUUGUACACAGGGAUAUAGCAGCUCGCAACGUGUUGGUCUCUGCGGUGGACUGUGUGAUGCUUGGAGACUUUGGUCUAUCACGAUACAUGGAGGACAGCUCUUACUACAAAGCUUCUAAAGGUAAACUUCCCAUUAAGUGGAUGGCUCCUGAAUCUAUCAAUUUUAGGAGAUUCACGUCUGCAAGUGACGUCUGGAUGUUCGGCGUAUGCAUGUGGGAGAUCUUGAUGUACGGCAUCAAGCCCUUCCAGGGGGUGAAAAACAAUGACGUGAUUGGCAGGAUAGAAAACGGGGAGCGCCUGGCGAUGCCUCCCCAGUGUCCGCCCACCCUCUACAGUUUGAUGACCAAAUGUUGGUCAUAUGACCCCAGCAAGCGUCCGCGAUUCACUGAACUCAAAACACAACUCAGCACGAUACUGGAGGAAGAGAAGCUCCAGCAAGAAGAGAGACUCCGAAUGGAAAUGAGGAGACAAGUCACCGUUUCAUGGGACCCAGAUGAAGCACCACCUAAACCUAGCAGACCAGGUUACCCCAGUGAAGGCUUCGUCAGCAACUCCCCGCACAACCACUUCCCGCAAUCCGCCCAUGGUGGUGUAGGUGGAGGAGUUGGAGGCAGCUAUCCUCCUACUGAUUCCUGGAAUCCGCACAGACCUGAACAUACUGCACCAUGGAGCCCGAAUAUGGAGGACAUUGGGUGUGUAGGUCAGGCUCUGAUGGAGGAAAGGCUGAUGAUGCAGCAGCAACAGAUGGAGGAUGACCAGCGGUGGUUGGAGCAGGAGGAGAGCUUCAUGAAGGCGGAGUCCAGAAACAGCAGAGGGAGCGUCGACAGGGAGGACGGCACACUACAAGCACCGGGUGGAAGUCAACAUAUCUACCAGCCUGUUGGGAAACCAGAACCUGUGGCACCUCCCAAAAAGCCGCCCCGCCCAGGAGCUCCAGCUAACUUAACCAACCUGCCCAGUCUCUGCCCCGUAGAAAGCUACAAUGACGGGGUCAAGCCGUGGAGGUUGCAGCCUCAAGAGAUCAGCCCACCUCCCACCGCCAACUUGGAUCGUUCCAACGACAAAGUGUAUGAGAAUGUGACGGGACUGGUUAAAGCUGUGAUCGAGAUGUCGAACAGGAUCCAGCCCGCUGCCCCGGAGGAGUACGUCCCCAUGGUCAAGGAAGUUGGUUUGGCUCUGAGGACUCUGCUGGCCACAGUGGAUGAGACGAUUCCUGUGCUGCCAGCCAGCACACACAGAGAGAUUGAAAUGGCCCAGAAGCUGCUGAAUUCAGAUCUGGCCGAGUUGAUAGCGAAGAUGAAGCUGGCGCAGCAGUAUGUCAUGACAAGUUUACAAAAGGACUACAAGAAACAGAUGCUAAUGGCAGCUCACGCCCUCGCAGUUGACGCCAAGAACCUGCUGGACGUCAUCGACCAAUCACGGCUCAAGAUGAUCAACCAGACCCGCCCACAUUAGCCCGGGAUCUAACCAACUUGGCGGUUUUUGAUGAAGUGAAUCCAAAUGCAGGACAGGAAAAGAGGGCCCGGGAGUUUGGUAGUUCUCGGGAAUUUAAUAAGAGACUGAGAAGGAUCGGCAGGUGGACAGAGUGAUGAAGGUCUGACGUGGAAAACCGAUGAACAGCAGACACGACAAACUGAAACAAUCAGCCCCUCCCCCCCUCGUUCUCUCUGGAAAAAAGUCAUGUUUUGGCCAAUGUUGUGUUGUUUUGUACUUCAGUUGUAUUAUUGCCUUUUUGUAUCCAGAGAAACCCUCUUCUGUCUCAUCACAUAUCCUCAAAAAGAAACCCUUUUUUUCCAGAAUGACUCAUUACUCAUUUAAAUCUUUGAAGAUUCAAAUAAAAUGUCUGGGAAGCUCACUUGAAGGACUGGACAGGUAUUUUUGGUGAAUGGACCCACCAAUCUUUGCCACGAGAACACAUGACUGACACUCCACAAACGCAGGAGGAAGCAACUGGAACUGAAGAGCCUGCAUGAGGAGGAUGAUGAAGAUGAUUUCAUAAAGUUCUUUAAACAUGCUUUUAUAUUAUUAUUAUUAUUGUGGUUGUUGUUGCUAUGUUCAUCCCUGCAGUAUGCCUCUGUUUUCUUAAACUUUGUAUGAACAAAAGUGAUCGAUUUACACCACGGUUGCUCAUAAUUUCAUCUCUUUUCUCUUCUUUUCACCCCACUCUAGACUUCUUUAUCUCAGGCAUCAAGAUACAGCAUAAACAUUUGAGUAUUAAAAAAAAUGCAACAGCUAUAGGUCUUUUUAAAUAUAAAAACUGCUACAUGCAACUUUUAAAGUUAACUUGCAUAAGUAAAUAUACAAAGAAGCUCUAUUUUUAACACAUUUCUGAGGCAUGAAUUGUUAGUAAAUAAUAAAUAUUGGAGAGGGGAGAACAGGAGGGAGGAGUGGAAGGGACAAAUGGAGGGAGGGUAGUUUUUAAGUUACAGUGGAGGUGCUAAUAAUACUAUACAGCUGCUUGCCCUGUGCCAAAUGAACAUUUCACUCAAAACAUUGCUUAACUGUGGAAUACAAGAACAAGUUUAGCAACAGCUUAACUGUUGUUUCUCUGCUUAUCCUCCAAAAUUUUGAUUGGUUUGUAUAUUAAAGCUCUCUGUACCAUGCCAUCAGUCGGGUUGUUUCCUCUUUGUCAAACUUUCAGGUGAUUAGUAGAAUAUUUAGUCUUUGUUGCACUCUAGUUGUAUCUGUACCGCACCAAGAGCUGUUUUAAAUUAAGGAUGUCGACCUCAUUCGCAAGGGUUUGGUCAUGAUUUUAAAAUAUGAAAUUGUUAUCCUGUUUUCCUCCCCCACCUUUCUACCUCCCUCCACUGCAGUUAUUUAUACCUUUUGAAUCCUUCUCUACUUCUGGUCUAUCUAUUCUUCCCCUCACCUUUGUGUUCCUUCUCUCCUCCCUCUCAUCCUCUCGCUGUUCCCUCUCCCCUGAGGUGAGCAAUAUUCUCAGGAAGGAGACAGUUGUACAGUUGCUAAACCGAGCAAAUAAAACACUGUUAUUAUUGAAGCAA